CAGCACAAUGACUGAUCAACAAUGAUACUUAGUUAUUUAAUCAUAGAGAAGUAAACAGACAAAGAGGUCGUAAUUUAUACUUUGAAAUUAUUUAAGUAUUCUGUAAAUUGACCACCUGGCAUGGUCUUAUCUUUUAUCGAAAUAUAAUUGUUGCAAUGAAAUGACCUAUUUCUGAAAUUAGCGUAUCAUUUCAAAUCAAAAUGUAUUGGUCAUGUGCACAGCAUAGGGUGUAAACCGGCAAUAGGUUUGAUAUCGAAACUAGCUAUAGCUAUAGGGAAUCAUUAGGCUAAUAUUCUAGCGAUUUAACGAAAAUGUUAUCUUUCAUUACUUCGUUUCUUCCGAGUUUACCUGGAUGGCUGACGCUGGAUGCAAACCCCCUGGACAAUCUACUCCAAGGACUUGUCGGUGCAUGUGGGAUCUCUGUUCUCUGUAACCUGUUGAGAGUACACUUAUUCUUAGAGGCUGAAAGUUCAAGCAACAAAAGCAGAAGUAAAGAGACAUCUAUGCAGAAGACACCAAGGCAUCAAGCCAGUGCUAAAAUUGGGCUGAGUGGAACUCUCCAGUUCUUGUUCCUGUCAGUGAUGCUGGCUGUAGUGGGCUCUCGGGUUGCCUCCCUGGUGGUUCUAGAGUUCUCCCUCAGAGCAGUGUCAGCUUGGGUCACAGCUGGACCAGAGUCCAGUCGGUUCCUACAGCAGCUGCUUGUCCAGUGCCAGUUCUCCCUGGGCUGUGCUCUCAGCUGCAGUCUCCAUUUCCUCCACGAGGGGGCGCCGCAGCGCUGGCUCUGCCUCCUCCUAGCUGCAGGACUGAGCUGGUUCCUGGCCAGCCAGACUGGGCGCCUACGGCUCCAUGUUAUGGCACUGUACAAACUACACAGUUCCCAGCACUACUGUGGAGUGUGCAUUGCACUGCUCACAUCAGGUUGCUCUCUGUUACCAUGCCUUACCAGGGCCCUUAUGUUCAGCUUUGCAGUGGCUGCCAUUUCCGCCAUAUCUAUAAUCAACAAACAUUUCCUCUCAGCUACAGAGGCCCUCAGGUUCUGGACUCCACUGACAAUCUGCUACACACUGCUGGUGGUGUAUAUGCAGGAGGAGCAACAUCGCCAGCCAAGUGGCCAAGCUGUUAUAAACACAGUGGUGGUGCGUCUGGGGGGGCUCAUGGUCCUGAUGCUGACUGUCGGCCGCUGGGCAGAUGUGCUUCAUAUCCUUCUGUGCUUCCUGGGUGAGGCUGGCUGUCUGAUACCCUCCAGAGACCUGUUGGAUGCUACAACACAGGAUAUGGAGGAAGUUCCCAGACAUUCCCAGGGAAGUGAGAACCGGAGGAGACACCUGACACCUGGCAAAGACCACCAGAGUUAAUCGUCAUGGGAAGAAACUAUUCGUGCUGUCGAUCUUUCUUAAGCAAUAGUCUAUUAUUAUAUUCUAUGAUUAUAAUCAUAUCAAUUAUUGACAACAGUGUUGACUUUUAUACCUAGGGAGUAUAUAAUGAAAAUAAUAAAAAUUUAUUAUGACACA